AAGAGACUCUGCUUUCACCUCAAAUCCAAAAAACACCCCUUCGGAAUGUCUUGCCACAUCGCCCAACACCACCCUCCCUGCUUCACCUGCCGCGUUCUCCUCCUUCUAGAUGUUCAGGCUGGCAUGUUGCACGAAAAGAACGGUGUCCCCUCCCGACAAUCCGUUCGUUCCAACAUCGAACGUAUCCUACAUUGUGCCAGGUCCGAGAAACAGCCCCCUCUCAUCAUCCACGUCCGCAACUCGGGCGAAGUCUCUGACCCUGAUGAACCGAACACACCGGGAUGGUACCUCGUCUUCCCACCUCUUCCACACGAACCUGUCGUCGACAAACGUAAGAAUAACGCGUUCGAAGGAACAAAUUUAGGCGAUUUGAUCCAUCCGACCGCUGAAGUGAUCGUCGUGGGCAUGCAGAGCGAGUACUGCAUUCGAGCGACCUGUUGUGCCGCAUUGGCACGUGGCAAUGAAGUCAUCUUGAUCAGAGGCGCACACGCAACUUUCGAUAGGGUGGAGAUUUGGAACGGGGGCACCGUCACUAAGGCACAUGCCAUCGAGGGACAGGUCGAGGCGGAGCUGGACGAUGCAGGCGUGAGUUUGUUAGACAUGAAGGAUGUGUCGCAGCUCUUCAAGGAUCGAUAGAAGGCCCAGCCCGUGCGUCCUUUGGGACCUUUCCUUCCUCGGACUUUUCUUCCUUCCUUUCUUUCUUCAUCGCUCUUUAUGUCGUAUUGGAUGUUAUAUCGGAGGCCUACGUUCAUUGAUUCAUCGUCAUCGCGAAGAUAUCGUCGGAACCAUCUAUCACUUUCACAUCAUCACGCGGGUUAGACGGGGGACGAAUGGCCGAACAGACCUAAGCUUUGGAACACAUCCGUUUUUGUACUCAUUUUUUUGGGAAUCAGUCACGCACCAUGGUCGCUAACACGCUAAUCGUAUCGUCUGUCGUAUUGCUAUCC